AUGGUAACUGUUUGGUGGUCUCAGUAUGGUGUUAUUCACUAUAGCCUUCUCCAAUCUGGUCACGCAAUAACAGCAGAUGUCUGCUGUGCUGAACUCCGAACGCAAACUAGCAAAGCAAAACUAGCAGUGAAACAGCCCCGACUCAUGAAUCGAUCUUCACCUUUAUUGCUCCAUGAUAACGCGAGACCUCAUAAAGCACAAGAAACUGUUUUAACUCUACAGGAACUGCAAUUAGAAACCAUUCGUCACUCUCCGUAUUUGCCAGACCUUGCUCCAACGGACUACCAUUUUUUUCGUGAUUUGGACAAUUUUCUACGUUAUAAAAAGUUUUCUUCUCAGGAGGCAGUACAAAAUGCUUUCACACAGUUUGUCGAAUCUAGAUCACCAGAGUUCUAG